AUGGUGACGGACUUGCCACACAGUGAUAGUCGCACCCGCCUUGGCUCCAGCGUCGAACUGUGGCGUCAAGGGAUGAGCAUGAAUGUCCAACCACGGAUCGCGUCAAGGAUUGAAUACAUGGUCAACCUUCCGAAGCUCCACGAACCGAGCAGCAAUCAAGCCAUAAAGCACGCGCCCCAGCCCCUGCAGCCGUGCGCGAAUGACCGCCUCUGCCCGGAUCCAGUCAAUGUACACUUGAUUCGUUUUCCGUAUUUAGGUCUGAUCGCUGUCGUCCGUGUGACCGCCGACGCCCCCUGCACUAACUGCUGUUUCGCACCUCUGUCUCUCUGUCUCUGUGUCUGUCUCUCUGUCUCUCUGUCUCUCUGUCUCUGUCUCUCUCUGUGUCUGUCUCUCUCUCUGUGUCUCUCUCUCUCUCUCUCUCUCUCUCUCUCUCUCUCUCUCUCUCUCUCUCUCUCUCUCUCUCUCUCUCUCUCUCUCUCUCUCUCUCUCUCUCUCUCUCUCUCUCUCUCUCUCUCUCUCUCUCUCUCUCUCUCUCUCUCUCAGAGUGAAGACCUGCCAAGGCGCAGAACAAGAACCGUUGUCAUGAGUCAAACCCAAACAGAGGAGCGUGUGGAUGCCACCGUCGAAACCAAGGGAGUGGAGCACCAUGAUCAGGAGCAUCAGAACCUCAGCUUGGCCCUGCGCGCCAUGGCUGGUCCAGUCAUGACCAAUCUCUCUGUCGGUGGCGUCUCGGGCUAUGUGAGUGUCCUGAUCCAUUCCGCUUGCGCUGGCAUGGCUGUAAAAAAGGUCAGCAAGGCUGCUGCCAGUGCUGUAGGCGUGGCCUUUUUGACCCUGCAGCUUUUAGGUACGCGUAUAUACCCGGUGCUGGUGCUGGGCUGGCUCGUGUUCUGCCCCACCACCAUCUCAUGUCAAACGCCCACUCGUUGCGUGCCCUCCCCUGAAGCCUACAAUGGCUUUAUCACAGUGCAUUGGGACAGGAUUGAGGCGAAGAUCAAGUCGAUCUUUGACAAGGACGGUGAUGGCAAGAUUGACCCCGAGUUUUGGCAGCAGCAGCUGGAGAAGGUCAUGACAUAUCAGCUCCCUGCCUCAUUCACGGGCUUUGGCAUCGGAUUUGGUCUGGGCCUGCGGCACCUCCUCGACUGCUUCGGUUUCGGAAGGACGCUGGCGCAAUGUGCCCGUGACAAAAGCCGUGUUGCGAAGCGGUUGUAG